CGUGCCACGGACACAAGUGAGUCGACCAUUCGCAGCUGGCGGCUAUACACAUCUAGCAACCCUUCAUGAAUCAAUAUGGGGGCUUACUACGACGAGAUCGAAAUCGAAGAUAUGGCAUGGGAUGAGGCAAAAGAUCUCUCCAAGCAGCUCACCAACUGCGAGGACAUCGCAACGUGUCCGAGCUGCAGUCUAAUCAUCAGACUUGAUUUUGAGGACGAAUCUCCAGAUGAUGAGGGGUCUGCAUCACAGGAAAGCGAAGAGGAUGAGGAGGAAAGUGACAACAGCGACGAUGACCAGUUCGAGGAUGCUCUUGAGAAGCUUACUUUAACUGAACCCAUCGGCAGCGUUGGUUGCAGCAGCAGCAUAAGAAAUUGAUUUCCUUACUCAUUCCCUCUCGAUGAUGAUGGUCUAUGAUGCACUACGAUAUUAAUGCAUGUACGUCAUCAACCUCUAUGAAUGCUCUUGCUAAUCACAAUUCAUUUUUCGACAUUAGUACUCUGAACAUAUAAUAUUCUCAUGUGAGGUUCAUUGUCAUCGAUUGACAUGAAUGGGAAUCAGUUUCCUUCAUAGCGCGGAUACAAGGGUCGCUCAUACUGGGUAGAUCUCCCUAUACUAGAAAGUGCCCUUUAAAUAUCAACUUUACUUUUGGAACUUGCAGAGUCACAGAUACAACCAGUGAAUCGCGUCAGAAUUCACGACUUAACCGAGUCAUGUUACAAG